AUGGCUGAAAUAAACUCUAUUACUACGGAUAAUUUCUCAACUGGUAUAACACGAUUUGUAUGUAUUAGUGAUAAUCAUGAUAAUUACGAUUUUACUCUUCCCGAUGGUGAUCUAUUACUACAUUCAGGUGAUUUUACUCGUAAUGGAACCGAAGGUGAAAUCGAAACAUUUGUAAAUUGGUUAAAAAAUUUGACUCAAUUUCGUUUAAAAAUAGUUAUCGUUGGUAAUCAUGAAUCUAAACGAUUUUAUACAAGAAAACGAUAUAAAAAACUACCAGUCGCUAUUGAUGAAUUAAAAAAAGAUAAAUCAUUAGUUUCAAAAUAUGGUAUUGUCUAUCUUCAAGAUGAAGCGUUUCAAGAUCCAGUAACUGGCUGGAAGUUCUAUGGAAGCGGUUGGUUAUCUGAACAAUGUAAAGAUCCAGAUGAAAUUCGUCGCCAUUGGUCAGAAAUACCAAUCGAUACAGAUAUUGUUCUCACACAUGGUCCACCUUAUUCUAUUUUGGAUGUCACAUCCGGUACAGCUUAUAAUCUUGGUUGCAAAGAAUUACUGAAAUCAGUAACAACUAUAGUUAAACCAAAACUUCAUGUUUUUGGUCAUGUACAUCGAGCAUAUGGACAAUUAAAAAAUGAAGAUGAAUUCGGAAAAACAUUGUUUGUUAAUGCAUCCUUGUGUGAUAGUCACUUUCGAACAGCCCAUUUACCUAUUGUAGUUGAUUUAAAGAAAGAUGAAUAA